UUCCAUAUCAACAUCUAUUCAACGACAUAAUUACAAACAACACAUAGUAAGGCACAUACAUACACGCCUCGCCAUGCAGCUCCUUAGUCUCGCCGCUCUCCUCCCCCUUGCCCUUGCGGCACCGGUGAUCAAGCCUCAGGGGCUCCAGCUGAUUCCGGGCGACUACAUCGUGAAGCUGAAGGACGGUGCGUCCGAGAGCACUCUCCAGGACACCAUCCGGCACCUCCAGGCAGGCGAGGCCAAGCAUGUCUACCGCGCACGCCGGUUCAAGGGCUUCGCGGCCAAGCUGAGCCCGCAGGUGGUCGAUACCCUGAGCAAGCUGCCCGAGGUCGAAUACAUUGAGCAGGACGCCGUCGUCACCAUCCAGGCGCUGGUCACCCAGGAGGACGUGCCCUGGGGUCUGGCCCGCAUCUCGCACCACGAACUGGGUCCCACGUCGUACGUAUACGACGACAGCGCCGGCGAGGGUACCUGCGCCUAUGUCAUCGACACGGGCAUCUAUGUGGCCCACUCUCAGUUCGAAGGCCGCGCGACGUGGCUGGCCAACUUUAUCGACAGCAGCGAUAGCGACGGCGCGGGCCACGGCACGCACGUGUCGGGCACGAUCGGCGGCGUGACGUACGGCGUGGCCAAGAAGACCAAGCUGUUCGCGGUCAAGGUGCUCAACGCGAGCGGGUCGGGGACGGUGUCGUCGGUGCUGGCGGGGCUCGAGUUCGUCGCGUCGGACGCGCCGGCGCGCGUCGCCUCGGGCGAGUGCGCCAACGGCGCGGUCGCCAACCUGAGCCUCGGCGGCGGCCGGUCCACCGCCAUCAACGCCGCCGCCGCCGCCGCCGUCGACGCGGGCGUCUUCGUCGCCGUCGCGGCCGGCAACAGCAACACCGACGCCCAGUCCACCUCCCCCGCCAGCGAGCCCAGCGUCUGCACCGUCGGCGCCACCGACGACAGCGACGCCCGCGCCUACUUCUCCAACUACGGCAGCGUCGUCGACGUCUUUGCUCCCGGCGUCGACGUCCUCAGCAGCUGGAUCGGCGGUGUCGAUGCCACUAACACCAUCUCGGGCACCUCGAUGGCGACCCCGCAUAUCGCCGGCCUCGGGGCCUAUCUCCUCGCUCUGCUGGGCCCCAGGUCGCCCGAGGAACUGUGCGAGUACAUCAAGCAGACGGCCACCAUCGGCACCAUCACCAGCCUCCCCAGCGGCACCAUCAACGCCAUUGCCUACAACGGUGCUACAGCCUAAAUAUUCCGUAGUCUGCCGUUUGCCAUUCUGUUGGCUCGCGAUAGUGGCGUGGGAAGUGUUGCGCAUUCUUGCCGGGUGCGAUUGACGGGGCGGGGAGGAGCGAAUGUAAUUAGUGAUGAGGUGCGAAGGAAGGUGGCAAAUGUCGACCUUAUUACUUCCG